AUGUCUGCUCCUAUCGAUCACAAUGUACCUCACCCCAACUUGGACGACGUUGAUGUUCCGGUCGAGCCCAACCUCGACGAGUACGUCCGCACGGCCGACUUCGACAACGAGUGUCACAAAAAGGCUCGCAUUCUCGCCAACUCAUCCUCUGAAGAGGGCAGUAGCUCCGGGGAUGACCUCUGUCCUAGCGACGACAGUGUCUCGAGUGCCACCACUUCCUCGUCCUGCCCAUACGAUGUUUCCAAACUCGAAGCCCUUCUUUACUACGCUGGCUUGGGACCCAAGGGACACGGACCCAAGCUCAUCUACAGAACGUCUGAUGACGUUUUCGAAGCACCCUCUGGCCCUGAGGCGUACAACCGUCUUAUGAGGAUUGUCGCAGUUCCUGAUACCUUCGAGUUCGGUACGGAUGUUACAUGGGAUAAGGUUCGGGAUCAGGUUGUGAUGCUGCUCGACCGGAGGAACAUCAAAGUUACGCUCGUCGAUUUCGUCCGAUUCACUUGGUUGAAGAAGCCAGUAGACCGGGAGAUCGACGACGACGACGACGACGACGAUGCGAAGGAAGAGGAAGAGUUGAACUAUGACGACAUCCCCCGCAUCCAGACCGUCGAGUACGGAGACCGCCAUUACACAAACCCGACAAUCUGGAUCGGGGUCUUGCCCGACACACUCACCGGUAGUGUUGCUCAUGAGUCCUCCCUCGACAUCCGUGCCUACCUCGACUCGCUCCACAUCCAGAACGUCGACAUCGCUUACAGGGUGUCGCGAAGAGCGAACACUAAACCAAACCAAAGACCAGUAAUGCGGAGCAGAUAA